UACCAAAAAAACCAUGGCCAGUAUCCCAAUCCCCUUCUCUCCUCUCUCAACCACACCCCCACGUGCCUUCUUUAAGCCUCUUCACCUGCCAACCUCACCGGCGAUUCGUAUCUCCGAUGACCCUUGGAGGAGGAAGAAGAGAGGUUUGACAGUGGUGACACGUGCAGGGCUCAGCGCCAACAGCUACGUGCUGGCAUUCCUGCUCCCUCUUUCUCUCCUUGCUGCCACUAUCUUUACUUCUAUUAGAAUUGCUGAUAAGCUUGAUCAAGACUAUCUUGAGGAGCUUGAAAUCAUUCAAGCAAUCAAGGAAGCAGAUGAAGAGGAUGAUGACAGUGACGAUGGCGAGGACUAUGAGAAUGCAGAUGACAAUAUUGUUGACAUUUCUUUAGAGGAGGAAUUGCAGCCUGUGCUUCAACGUACACGAACUCGCAACCGGCCUAAGCGGGAAGCCUAGGCUUCAUCGUCCAUGCUUUGCAUGAUUUUGGUCAGGACUUGGAUGUAUUCAUAGUCAUAGCUACACAGAGAGCCAAUUUUAGCUCCUCUUUUUUUCCUUAACCAACUUGUUUUUCCAAAUCUUCUAGUAUAGUCAUUGUAACUUUGUAUCUCCCAUUUUGAUUUAAAUUGUUUUCUUCCUUUUUUCCUUGUAUGGUGAACAUUAUCGUUAGAUAAUACAUAUGAUAGAAUAUUUGCAGUA